ACACAUGGCCAUGACGAAGAAAGGCAGGGCAGGAGGCACUCGACACGGGCUAGAAAAUCUCGGACCGCCUUGUCCGAUACCCACCGGAGCCGGCCGGGCGGCACAUGGACACCGAGGAAAGCUUGUUUUUUUAACAUCUUGGACGGCUGGAGCGAGCGAACAAAGCUCUCUUUUUUUAAAAAAAAAAUCGCUUUUGGAAGAAUGGAAGGAGCAUGUGUGCCUUCCUGCCUGCUGCUGCCGCCCGUGCCCGAUCUCGAUCGCCUGCUCCGGUGUCAGGCAUGGCCCGGGGUUGGUGGCCUGGCCGAUCUGUUCCGUUGCCGUUCGUCGUCUUCUCCUGCGAGCUCGCAAGCUAGUGGCAGGACAAAGCGAGUGCUCCGCUCCGUACGUGAGGGACAGACAGGCAGACAGCGAUUCCAUCCAUGCAUUCUCCAGCAAACCGUGGUGAAAAUCACGCCCGUCUGCCCCGCGCUGGCGCUGCCAUCUACAGUACCCCGCACGGCGGCUGCUCCUGCGCUCUGCAGGUCCGCAACAACCCCACCCGACGAGGCUCUGAACGCGAGGGGGAUUUCGCGGGAUUCCCGAGGGCAGCCGAGUGCAUUUUCAUUGCCUGUUCUUGCAGUAACAGCUCGCUGCUACCGUUUACUCCUACCUCCCCUGUUCCCCGUGGAUGGGAGCUCCACCUCCAUGGAUGGAGAUUGUCACCUGCUGUGCUGCCAGCGCGCUGCACACUGACACUGCACUGCGGUCCAGCGAUGCCAGUGUGCUGUGCAGGUGGGAGCAAGAUGAGCCAGGCGAGCGAGUUUUUUUUUACACGGAUCACAUGAUCCGCAAUGAUGGGCGGAGGGAGAGGCCUGGCCCUGGGCCCUGGCAGUGGCAGUGGUGGCCCUGAGGGCGGGGCGGAGUGGCGGUCGCCCUGGCCCCCCGAAUUUAUAGGGCCCAAUUCUAGUCAUGUGAUCUAAUAGCCCAUCAACAAAAUAAUGAAUAUCCAAAUAUGUAUAUAUUUUUUUAUUUACUUAUUAUUUGAUAUAAAUAUUUUUAGAUGUA